CCCACGUGCAUGCAAAUGGUGCCGACGAUGGAGGCGGGUCCGGGGGAAAGACUGCGAGGGCGCGGAUUCCGAGAGUGCGAGGCUGCCUAAGUAGAGAACUGCCUUUACGGAUUCCGAGAAGCGCGGCCCACUGUUUUGGACACGCUCGCUAUCGUGGCAUGCCAUGCUCUCACUGUCUUGCGGCGCGUUUUCGCGCGAACACUCUUCUGCUCGUUGCAGCGUCUAUUAUUGGAUAAGUUGGUCCAUGUGGUGAUCAGAUCUAUGUGUUGACGAGUAUUUGAACGACCAAUAUCCCUCCUCAAGUCCUCAUACCCCCUGGCAAUGUCCUUCUCGCCUCCCUCUUCUUCCUCGCGUAUCAUUGUCCUGCUGUUUGCUUGUCCUCGUUGCUCGCCGAGUUCCUCGUCGCAUACGGAUACACUCCCAACAACUCCGGAACCAUGAAGUCUGCCACCGCGAUUGCUGCCUUGGUUGGCAUCUCGCUCUAUGUCUUCCCGGGAGCAGCAACGCCACUCCCUAGCAACGCAAGCUCGGCGGUGGCGAGGACCUGCAACCCGCGGUCCCCUGGGUACUGUACCGGAACGAAUUACACCGCAUCGCUCCAGGACACGUACGUGUGCGGCGACAGCAGGCUCGGCCCCGUCGUGCUGCCCACCUAUCUGGAACCGCUCGAGUCCGUGGUCGAGCUCUACGAGCGCUACGGCGGGCUGUGCCCCGGCGAGUUCCUGGCCAAGCAUUGGAAUGCAUCGCAUGUCAACCCCAGGACCGGCAAGGUCGAGCCCAGCUACGAGUACCCUCCAUUCGAAGGCUUUUCGCUCGACGCCCACCACCAGCCAAUGCGGGCCAACUUCACGCUCGAGAACGGGACGUAUGUCGACCGGUUCGGCUCCGAGUCCGGCAACUACACCAGCCCGUUCGGAUCGCCUUACAUUCAACGUUCCCUGCCGCCGAACAGCUUGAACACGCACCUCCCCACAGGCAACGCGUUCAACUAUUAUGUGUACCACGUGAUCAAGCCGUUCAUCGUUUUGGCCGGGCCGGCAGCGCCAUGGUUUGAGAUGCCGGGUCAAGGCGUGCAGUACGAGCUGUACCAGCCCAUCUCCCAGCUCCUCACCACCGCGGACGGCGGGCCGUACUUGGAGCGUGUGGCGAACCCGGAGACGCUGUUGCCGGUUAUUCAGUAG